GCCACAUUACUCGUUAGUGCCUAAUUGUGAUAACUACCGGAGCGUGCAGUGCAAACUGAAAAUCAAACCCAACACAGGACCUUUUGGAAAGUCUUAAAACAAAAAAAACAAACCAAUUAAACAUGCAGUCCUCCAGCAUUUGUGUACUGGCCGUGUGCGCCGUCGUUCUGGUUUCCUCCAUCAGUGCAGCUCCUUUGGAUGACUCACAACAUGCCACCAUCCUGCGCUACGACAACGACAACAUCGGCACUGACGGCUACAACUUCGGUUACGAGACCAGUGAUGGAGUCACCCGCCAGGAGCAGGCUGAGCUGAAGAACGCCGGCACUGACCAGGAGGCACUCAGCGUCCGUGGUUCCGUCAGCUGGGUGGCUCCCGAUGGACAGACCUACACCCUGCACUAUAUUGCCGAUGAGAACGGUUUCCAGCCCCAGGGCGAUCAUCUGCCUCACAACUGAAAACAGUCAUUUGGUUUAGCCAGCAUUAAUCAGUAUUUGUUCAUUAUGUAAAAUAAAUCAAGUCUUAAACUAAAA